GCCGCCGGCCAUCCCUCAGCCCCCCUGACUCGCCAUGAGCCUCCUGCUGCUGGCUGUGGGGCUGACCCUGCUCGGCUGCCCCCAGGCCCUGCACUGGGGGCCCCAGGACCCCAACUUCAACGAGACUCUGGUCAGCGGCGAAUGGUUCUUGGCAGGGUUGGCCUCCAACCAACCCAAACUCCUGAAGGAGGACAAGGACGCACGGCUGCUCGUCCACUGCAUCCAGGUCACCCCCAGGGCCCUGCAGCUCCACCUGCACAAGAAGGUAAAUGGCGCAUGCGUCCCAAUCACGAUGAUGGCAAAUAAAACGAAAAGGAAAUUUCAGUACCUGCUGGAGAAUGCCGACAAGAACAGGCUUUUCCUGGAAAAAGUGGACCCCAAGAGUUACGUCAUCCUCUGCAACCACCGCGAGAAACGUGAGGAGGAGGUGGUGGUGGUGAACCUGCUGAGCCGGACACGCGAGGCCAGCCCGGACGCCCUGCUGCUGUUUACCAACUACUGUAGAAACCACGGGAUCCACCCCUCCAACAUCAUCAAAGUGACCGCAACUGGUGCGUGCCCACCCCUGCCCCAGCCUCGGACCUCCGCUCAGCUCGCCACAGAUCACUGCCCCCGCGCCUGACAACAAGGAGACUGCCGGGCCCAGGUCUGCCCCCGCCGUCCCCCACCACUGAGCCUGCCGCACCCCCGCUUGUUCACAGGGGUGUCUCCCAGGCACCGAAGGACCAGAAGAUCUCGGUUAACCCAAGGAGCCCUUCAGCUGCCCCACGCCCUAGUAGCAGCCUCUGCCCUCCUGGAGGCCUGUCCUGCU